AGGCCACAAAAUAGCCUCCAACCGUAGUUCUGAAAAUCUUUCUUGUAAAAGAUAAAAUUACGAGGUAACAUGGCCUUACUUGUCUGAGCUACCAAUGAAUGAUGAAGACUCUUUUUGUGGUUUUGCUUUCAAAGAUGUCUCUUCCAGAAAGAAUACAGAAAGAUGGCAAAAAUGGAGGUGAAGACAUCUCUUCUUGACAAUAUGAUCGGGGUUGGAGAUAUGGUGCUCCUGGAGCCGCUCACCGAGGAAACAUUUAUCGAUAAUCUCAAGCAGCGUUUUGAUCACAGUGAGAUCUAUACUUACAUUGGUAGUGUGGUGAUAUCAAUAAAUCCAUACAGAUUGCUGCCCAUUUAUUCACCUGAGAAAGUGGAAGAAUACAGAAACAGAAACUUCUAUGAACUACGACCUCAUAUUUUUGCCUUGUCAGAUGAAGCAUAUCGAUCACUGAGAGACCAGGAUAAAGACCAAUGUAUACUUAUAACUGGAGAGAGUGGAGCUGGUAAAACAGAGGCAAGCAAACUUGUUAUGUCAUAUGUAGCAGCUGUUUGUGGCAAGGGAGCAGAAGUGAAUCAAGUAAAAGAACAACUUUUACAGUCUAAUCCUGUGCUUGAAGCUUUUGGAAAUGCUAAAACUGUACGGAAUGAUAAUUCCUCCAGAUUUGGCAAAUAUAUGGAUAUCGAGUUUGAUUUCAAAGGUGAUCCACUUGGCGGAGUUAUAAGCAAUUAUCUCUUGGAAAAGUCCCGUGUUGUUAAACAACCCAGAGGUGAAAGAAAUUUUCACAUUUUCUAUCAGAUCUUGUCUGGAGGAUCAGAAGAUCUGCUCAAAAAACUUAAACUGGAGAAGGAUUUCAGUCGAUACAACUACCUGAACCUGGGCUCUGCAAUAGUAAAUGGAGUAGAUGACGCUGCAAACUUCAGAACAGUCCGGAAUGCCAUGCAGAUUGUGGGAUUUAUGGACCAUGAGACGCAAUCCGUUUUUGAAGUUGUUGCGGCUGUCUUAAAAUUGGGAAACAUUGAAUUUAAACCCGAAUCUCGAGUGAAUGGUUUAGACGAAAGCAAAAUCAAAGAUAAAAAUGAACUGAAAGAAAUAUGUGAGUUGACAGGCAUUGACCAGUCCGUGCUGGAACGAGCGUUCAGUUUCCGUACAGUUGAAGCCAAGCAGGAAAAGGUCUCCACAACCCUAAACGUGGCUCAGGCUUACUAUGCUCGGGAUGCUCUGGCAAAGAAUCUUUACAGUAGACUGUUCUCCUGGCUUGUUACCAGAAUCAAUGAGAGCAUUAAGGCACAAACGAAAGUAAGAAAGAAAGUCAUGGGAGUUCUGGACAUUUAUGGCUUUGAAAUCUUUGAGGAGAACAGUUUUGAGCAGUUCAUUAUUAACUACUGCAACGAGAAACUACAACAGAUCUUCAUUGAGCUUACCUUAAAAGAAGAGCAAGAAGAAUACAUACGAGAGGGUAUUGAAUGGACCCACAUUGAAUACUUCAACAAUGCUAUAAUUUGUGACCUAAUAGAAAAUAAUCAGAAUGGAAUUCUAGCUAUGCUGGAUGAGGAAUGCCUGAGGCCAGGAGCAGUUACAGAUGAUACCUUCCUAGAAAAAUUGAACCAGAUCUGUGCUACUCACCAACACUUUGAGAGCAGAAUGAGUAAAUGUGCACGUUUCUUGAAUGACACAUCUCUGCCACACAGCUGCUUCAGAAUUCAGCAUUAUGCUGGAAAGGUAAUGUACCAGGUAGAAGGAUUUGUUGACAAAAACAAUGAUCUGCUUUACCGUGACCUCUCCCAAGCCAUGUGGAAGGCCAACCACUCCCUCAUUAAAGCAUUGUUCCCUGAAGGAAACCCCGCCAAGAUCAAUUUAAAGAGACCCCCAACAGCAGGGUCACAAUUUAAAGCUUCUGUGGCGACGCUGAUGAAGAACUUGCAAACAAAAAAUCCCAAUUACAUCAGGUGCAUUAAACCCAAUGACAAAAAAGCAGCACAUAUCUUCAAUGAUGCUUUAGUUUGUCAUCAGGUUCGAUACCUGGGUCUGCUAGAAAAUGUCCGUGUCAGAAGGGCGGGUUAUGCAUUCAGGCAGCUUUAUGAGCCUUGCUUGGAAAGGUACAAAAUGCUUUGCAAACAGACGUGGCCGCACUGGAAGGGCCCUGCCAGAGCUGGUGUAGAAGUCCUGUUCAAUGAGCUGGAGGUUCCUAAUGAAGAAUUUUCCAUGGGUAGAUCAAAGAUAUUCAUCCGCAACCCAAGAACACUCUUCAAAUUAGAAGACCUAAGAAAACAGCGCCUUGAGGAUUUGGCUACACUAAUCCAGAAGAUCUACAGAGGCUGGAAGUGCCGCACACGUUUCCUUCUCAUGAAAAGGAGUCAGAUAGUGGUAGCUGCCUGGUACAGACGAUAUGCACAACAGAAGAAGUACCAACAGACGAAGAAUUCUGCCAUUGUAGUACAGUCUUACAUCAGAGGGUGGAAGGCUCGAAAGCUGCUUCGUGAACUGAAGCACCAGAAGCGCUGUGAGGAAGCCGUGACAACUAUUGCAGCCUAUUGGCAUGGUUCUCAGGCGCGAAGGGAACUGAGGCGGCUGAAGGAGGAGGCUAGAAAUAAGCUUGCUAUUGCUGUUAUUUGGGCUUACUGGCUUGGAUUUAAGGCUCGGAGGGAGUUGAAACGCUUGAAGGAGGAGGCUAGGCGCAAGCAUGCUGUGGCAGUCAUUUGGGCUUACUGGCUUGGACUGAAGGUCCGCAGAGAGUACAGGAAGUUCUUUCGAGCCAACGCUGGAAGGAAGAUUUAUGAAUUUAUUAUUCAGAAAAUUAUGCAGAAGUAUUUUCUGGAAAUGAAGAAUAAGAUGCCAUCUUUAUCACCAGUAGAUAAAAACUGGCCAGCAAGGCCUUAUCUCUUCCUGGAUUCAACUCACAAGGAACUGAAGAGGAUAUUUCACCUGUGGAGGUGUAAAAAGUACAGAGAUGAGUUCACAGACCAGAAGAAGGCUAUAUAUGAAGAAAAACUAGAAGCUAGCGAACUUUUCAAGGACAAGAAGGCUUUAUAUCCAGCCAGCGUUGGCCAACCUUUCCAAGGGGCUUAUCUUGAAAUCAGCAAAAACCCCAAGUAUAAAAGACUGAAAGAUGCCGUGGAUGAAAAAAUUAUUAUUGCUGAAGUAGUAAACAAAAUCAACAGGGCAAACGGAAAGAGCAGUGCUAGGAUUUUCUUGCUCACAAAAAAUAAUGUCCUCCUUGCCGACCAGAAGUCAGGACACAUCAAAGCAGAGGUCCCUCUGGGAGAUGUUAUCAAAGUGUCCAUGAGCUCUCAGAGUGAUGGCUUCUUUGCCGUGCACCUCAAAGAGGGGUCUGGAGCAGCUGGAAAGGGGGAUUUCCUCUUCAUCAGUGACCAUCUUAUCGAAAUGGCCACCAAGCUUUACCGCACGAUGCUUAGCCAAACCAAGCAGAAGCUCAACAUUGAAAUAUCCGAUGAGUUUCUUGUUCAGUUCAGACAUGACAAAGUGUGUGUGAAGUUUGUACGGGGCAACCAGAAGAACGGCAACAUUCCCACUUGCAAGCGAAAAAACAACAGGCUUCUGGAAGUGGCUGUACCUUAAUUGUACACAUUUAGAUGUACUCUCUUAGCCUUUGUGGACACAGUUCUUUGUAAUCGUGCAAUUUUAUCCUGAGCAGGGGAAGGAGAGGAUUUUGUGGGAAUGAUGUGUUGUCAGUGGCUGAUUAACUAUGGAAACCCCUUGCUUAAAAAAUUUAACAAAAUUAUCAACACGAAUGUUUGGUAUUUGUAUGGCAAUGUCCGGUUGAUAUACAUAUAUUGAGACUUGGUGAGCUGGUACCGUAUUAUAAAACAGUCAGUUCUUUUGUCACACUUUUAAUGUCUUAGUUUCUUCUUCACUCUCUUUAGUGAUGUGCAUCAUGAAUUCAUAUCCUUUGAUGACCCUUUCUUCAUACACAGAAGAUUGUGGUCCUCCACUUCCAGCUAUAGAGACUGCUAGAAAGGUUUUGUGGUGUUGCUUGUGCCUGUUUUCUGUCUUGUUCCGUUCUUCUGCAAAGUUCAGCCCAAAGGGUUAAUUACAAUCCAGGGCUGGCCAGUCUGGCAAAAUCCUGGGACAAAAACAGUUACCGUAAUUGCAAACAGCAUCCAGCACUGUGUAAUUUGAUCUUCAAUGGAAUAUAGGGCAGGAAACCCUAAUUCUGCAAAGCAGAAGGAAUGUUUGACUGCAUGUGGAACAGCUGCAUAUACUUUUUAAAAAGAGCAUGGAAAAAGCUGGGGUUCUGCAUCAGACUUUUUAAUUGAUACUUUUAAUGACUUUACAAGAGUAGGAAGCAGAAUGAGUACAUUCAGGAAACAAGGUAUAUAUUAAUUAGUUUAACAAUACUGUAUAUCCAAAGCAUGUUUUCCGUUCCAUGUCUCUCUCCCCCCCCCACCCCGCUCAAACCUCCACUUUUAAAAUGAAUUUUUAGGCCAACAUCCUAUUAGUAACCCAAAUUAGAGCAGACCUAUUCAAUGGGUGGGGUUUACAUAAGUGUUGUUGACUCACCAUUUACAGGGUGGGACUAGCAAUAGGAUUUAGGCCAUAAAUGGUUAAACUCCCAACAUGCAGUUUUUGGCAUGUAGGAACAAAGAGCAGAACAUUUUAAACAACUAGUUAGAUGAAGAGUUUAUCUCUCUUUUUUUUCUUCCUGACGUUGGUGUAUGUGCUGUACAAGUGUGCAAUAAAGCAUUCAUUCAACAUGUGAAAAUUAUUUAUAAUAACUUCUGUGGGUAAUAAUGACGGUUGGGACAUUCUACAUAUUUUUUAAAAGGACUGAAGUUAGGCUAGCAUUGUGUUCACUCUGAUGGGUUUUGUUUUUCCCAAUGUACACUACAGUUACCAUUUCAGAAGAAAAAAAAAUCAUUUUGGGGGGAUGAUGUACAUACAUUUGCUAUUAAUGAUAAAAUAAUUGUUCUAAUUCUGUGCUCUUUGGUACUCUUGUGAUAACCAUAUUUUUGUAUUUCAACCCAUUUUAUAUAAGUUUGUAUGCCUGAUGCGUAAUGUGUGCACAGAAACACUUUACAAUCAAGAACUACAUUCUAAACUUCCCAAGUACAGAUGGCAACUUAAAGCCUGGUAUAAACCCGAGAGGAUUAGCCGAAAGCAUUGAUUUAUGGAGUGUUGUUUUCAAAUAUUUAGACAAAGGUUAGCCUAAGGAGGUUGUUUGACUGAUUUUGUCAAUGUAAGGAUGUGUUUCUGUCUGUUGUAUCCUCAGUCUAAUGCAAGAACUUGCCUUGAAGGAGAAGUUGCUGCACAUGACAUAUGAUGCUAAAAAGUCCAAGUAUGAAUAAAAAGAAGCUUUGAAGCAUUUA